AUGGAGGAGGUGGAGAUUGAAGCGUCGUUAUGGAAAAACGCUAUUGUCUGUAUUGUGCUUGGUGCUAACCCGCCCUUUAGAGUGUUUGAAGGUUUUGUCAAAAGAGUUUGGGGAAACCUAGGUGUUGAUAAGAUUGUGAGAAUGCACUCAGGUUUCACAUUAGUUAAUUUCAAGGACGAAGCUACUCGGGAUCUGAUAUUGGAAACGGGUGUCAUUCAUUUUGACAAAAAAACAGUUGUCCUUCGUCCUUGGACAACAGACAUGGAUUCUGUGAGAAUGGUAAAGUUUGUUCCGGUGUGGAUUCGGUUGAAUGGCUUGGGAUUGCAAUGCUGGGGAAAAAAUAGUCUCAGUGCUCUGGUGAGUACUAUUGGCAAGCCGAUAAUGAUGGACAAGGUGAAUCAGAGUAGAUCGAUGGUGAAAUAUGCUCGGGUUUUGGUGGAUAUGGAGAUUUCGGACCACCCUCCUAAAACUAUUGCUUACAUCAAUGAACGGGAACAAUUAGUCGAACAAUUGGUUGAGUAUGAAUGGCUCCCCUCUAAGUGUGCUGCGUGUGCUCAAUUAGGGCUUAUAGUGGCUAAUUGUAACAAGGAAAAAGGAGUGGUUUGGAAGAAGAAUACCACUGUUGAGAAAGGAGAGAAAUCAGAACAGAAGCAAAAUGGUUCAGAGAUUGAACAACAGCAGCCAUCUGGGUCUGCUAUACUAGAAAAAAGAGUGCAUAAUUCGACAAGUGUUGUUGCAGAUGAGAGGGAAAAGAGCUUGUGUAAGGGCUUUGAUUCAAAGGAAAGUAAUGAGGAUCAGGGUAUUCCUAUCUCUUCUCAGCUAGAUGAAACAGGCAGAGAUGAAAGUGCUGGCAAUUGGAUUACUCCCAAAAGGCGAGGGCCACGACAGGCAGUGGCAGCUCUUAACAAGGCAGAUGCAGCUCCAAUCAAGGCUAGUUCGAGGUGGAAUGUGAGGGGUAUGAAUAAAAAAGAAAAGCAAAAAGCUAUUCUAGAUGUUUGUAAGGAGAAUAAGGUUGGUUUUGGAGCUCUUUUUGAAACUAAGGUGAAACAUGAGAAGACACAAGAUGUAUUUGAGAAUAAUUUCCAUAAUUGGGAAUACUUUUCUAGUUCUAUCACCUCUGGUAGGAUUUUGGUUAUUUGGCAAGCUAAGUUUGUGAAGGUCGACAUUUUGCUCGAGGAUCCUCAACUUGUUCACUGCAAGAUAAAAGUGUGUGGCCAGCAGGAGGUUUUCUUUGCCACGGUGGUUUAUCGUAGUAACUCUAUGGGGGAGAGGAAAAAUUUAUGGGACAAGUUGGCUAACAUUGGUCAACUGAAUAAUCCUUGGAUUAUUUUCGAGGAUUUUUAUGCUAUGUUUAGCUUCCAGGACAGGAAUGGUGGGAGACAAAUCUUAGCAAAAGACAUUGCUGAUGCUCAAGACUGGUUGGCUUUAGGCCAAGUGGAAGAAUUCAAGUUCUCUGGAGCGCACUUUACUUGGUCCAACAAACAUGAUGAGUUGAACAAGGUGGGGAUCAAACCCUUUAGAUAUUGUAAUCACUGGUUGCAUUAUAGAGGUUACAAAGAGACUGUUUUGAAUAGCUGGAACUCUACUUCAGGUUCGGGAGGGGGUCUUAAUAAGAUUGUGCAGAAACUCUUUAGAGUUAAACAUGUUUUGAAAAGAUUUAACAGGGAAGAGGUUGGUGAUGUUGUCUUGGAUUACAAGUUGGCUAAGGAGGAACUCAGCAAAGGUCAGGAGGCCUUGGCUUCUAAUCCCUCUGACUAUACUGUGCAUCAAGCUGUUAUUCAAGUUCAGCAGAAGUUUUCUGUUAUGCAGAACCGGUACUCUAGCUAUCUUAAGCAGCAUAGUAAAGUUAAUUAG